GUCGAUAUGUAUCAGUUCUUAUACUUGAAUAGCAAUUAAAAUAAAAAUUUCUGACAUAUCACAUGCAUGAGUGGUUGGGGAUUUUCAACGGCGGAGUGAAAAGGGGAUUCCCCAAUAUGUUUCCUGUUUAACAGCUGCCAACAACCAAAUACUUUUGAACAUUUUCUUUACCAUCCAGAUAAAUGUAGUAUGGUAAAAACCAAAUAACUUGGACAUGGAUAGACCAGUUGUUUUGUUCAGGAAAAAGUUUGCUGAAACUUCUCCUCGCCUCGUCAAAGUACUACGAGAUCGUAUCAGAAAAGAUGUGCAAUAUACAUCAUUUCGACAUUUUCACAAGUUCACUGUUUGCUUGCCAGCACUCUAUUUGUUCCAAGAUGACUUUAAGCAACAGUACAUCAUCAGUGUUUGUGACCUGGAUAUGAAAAAUGAUCUCAAAACAGCAAAGGUUAUCAAUUGGUGUGAUGGAGUGAAAAACCUUUACCCAUUAUCAACAACAGGUGAUGGUAACUGUCUGUUACAUGCUGUGUCUCAGGCACUGUGGGGGAUUGAGGACAACGAGCUGUUUUUGCGAACUCUGCUAUAUUUGACAUUGUCAGAUGGAGAUGCAUCAUUGUCUAAUGGAAUGUCAAGUAGCAUCCAACAGAGAUGGAAAUUUGUUCAGGAUGAACUCAAGAAGCAACACCCAAGAGAGUUCAACUAUGAUGUCACCUCUCUGGAUGUUACUUUAGAAUGGAGCAAUGUUGUCCAGGCAGCCAGUGAUAUUUUGGUGCCAGGAAAAAAUCCAACAGGGACACCUUACCCAACACUGGAGGCAGUUCACAUAUUUACGCUAGCAAAUCUUCUCAAAAGACCCAUAAUAGUGUUAGCAGAAAAGACAACAAGAUCUGUGUAUGGAAACAGUAUGCAGGAAAACAGUCUGUAUGGGUUAUAUUUACCACUAGAAAUAAAACACUCAGAUGCUUGUAAGACACCAGUCAUACUCGGAUACAGCUUUAACCACUUUGCACCUCUGGUCACACAGGCCAAUAGCCCUGAUGGUGAGGGAUCUAGUCAGAGUAUUCUCCCUUUAGUCAUGGCAGAUUAUACUCCUCUUCCUGUAAGGUUUUUGUUGAGAGACGAAGAGUAUAUAGCUGGUGACUUGAUGAAAAAGUACAUGCAUGUGAAAAAUAUUCCAGUAGUUUCUUCUGAUUCAAUCAACACCAUUCCAGGAGUCGUACUACAUCAUCAGUCCAUACAUGAUGAACUGGACAUCGUAAGUGUACACAGACGUGAAUGUGAACAGAUAUUUUUGAACUGGGGUGUUCCUAAUUUACAGACUACUGUUGGUGGCAAGAUGGUGGUUGGUGCUUGUCAAACGGUUCCAACCUCUACCACAAAGGUAGUCAUUCCCAGCGUACCUCAUGGAAGACUUGAUCCAGUACAGAGAACAAAUCCACUCAUAUCUACCCCCAAUGGAAUGGAUUUACCACCAUGUGUUACUUCUGGGUGUACAAUGUUUGGGUCACCAGAAACAGGAAAUAUGUGCUCCACUUGUUUCAGGAAAUAUACCAUGGAGUUUAAUAAGAGAGAAUCACAAAGGAAUGGUUGGAAUGUACCCAGUGAACCAUCUGCUCCCCCAUUGUCGAUCCAUGGACAGGAGAGUUAUACAGACCUCUCAGUCAUGGGGGUCAACUGCUGUAAUCCUAAUUGUGGCAACAGGUGUUCGGAACACACAUACCCCUACUGUCAUGCUUGUAAACCCCAGCCACAGGGAUCACAACCUGGACAACCAAUGCCAGAAGCUGGAGCUGCAACUCCAUUAAACACUGCUGUCAUGGAAACGAAGUGUAGGAAUCCAAAAUGUAAUAAUUUUUCUGCUGUUGCAAAGCCUUUUUGUCACGAAUGUGAAGACUUCUUCAUGCAAAAGACAGCAUUAAUUACACAACUUCAGUCACAGCCCCAUAUUUCAACUACUUCAAACAGUAACAUUUUGUCACCUGGACAAGAUGAACUUUCUGGUACAUCUGCAACACCUGCUAGACAGAGAGCAGAACCUGUAGUACCAACACAAGGAGCUGGAGCUGAAGGCAUAGAUGAAAACAGCUUAUUUGGAGAAGGAGAUCCUAUUCCUCCUAGUAAAGAACUUGGCAAGCUUGAUAUUGCACCAUCUGCUUUGUCUGUAGAGGAAUUUGAAGAAGUCAACUCUCUUUCAAGUAAUUUUGUCUUCAGCCCUGGUCCUUCAUCACAGACUCAUGUGAUUAAUCAUUUCAAAACUCAAAAGUCCACUUCUACAGGUACACCUUCUCCACAGGAAUCUGGCCAACGUCCUUCUUACCCUGAAGCAAGUGGUCACAAAUUUGCAUCUUUAAAGACAUCAGGGAGUUCAUAUGCUGUCAUUACAGAAGAAGCACAAAGCCAGGAAGAGCAAGCUAAUCUACAUCGAGGUGAGAGGCAGUCACCAGGAUCACCAGAACAAUUGAAACAACUCUGCUCCACACCAGGAUGCAGUGGUGUUAGAAUAGCUAACAAUUUUGGAUAUUGCCUUGAUUGCUGGACUAGAUGUGCAAGGAGUGUUGAAGUGCCAGCAGCCGUGACUACUGAAUCAACAGAAGAGUCAGCAGCACCCAAAUUUAACACAUCAGAGAUAAAUUCCAUGAACCCAAUUGUUACUACAUCUAAAGACAAACGGGAUUGUGCUUCUCCUUUGUGUAGCAAAAAGGUAUACCCACCCAACAAACUAUGUGAUGACUGCAUUGAAGUCCUGCGUCAGGGACAAACUAGAUCACUUGAGGAACAAACCUCACCACGCCAUGAAAGGAAAACUAAGAGCUACUCGCCAUCUAGACCAAAGUGUAGGAAAAAAAAUUGUGAUUUUCAUGGUAGUAGCAAAACAGAUGGAUAUUGUUCGCAGUGCUACAAAGAAGUUAAAAGGAUUUCAGCUGAAGCAAACUUCAAACAAACACCUACUUUAUCAAACUUGCCCAUGCAUGACAGGAUAAAGGCACCUCCAAGUACUUGCAUCAAUCCACUGAUAAAUCAAGGUGCAGUUGGAUAUACCCCUGUGGUGGCUCAAGCUGGAGGAAACUACAAAGUUCCUUCUCAGUCACAGUUAUGUUUGGAACCUGGCUGUGACAAGUAUGGAGACGAGAAUAUGUACUUCAGAUGUACAGAACACUACCUGAAGGCCAUGUCUGCCUUCCAGCCCCAGCCCCCUCCUUCCAACAGAUACAGCUCGAGAGAGAUGAUGAAUUACAACCUAGCAGAGAAGCAGCCGCCAACACACACCAUCCUUGGACAACUAACUCCUCAUCCAAGUCCUGUACAAGGCCCCCCAAAUGGAGGCAUGAUGAACAAUCUUUCAAGGCCUCCAACCAAUAAUUAUGUGAACCCCUCCCCUCUCCCUGUGGCUUCACAAAAUGCUAAAUUUCACUCAGCUAUGUCUACUGUCGAAAAUAACAUGAAGAGCCAUGUACUUUGUAAGAGAACUGGAUGUGAAAAUAUUGGAAGUGGACUGAGGAGGGGCUACUGUAGCGAGUGCUACCCCUACACUCUACAGAGAAGGGGCCCAAAGCAGGACCUUCCUGCUGAUGAUCCACGUAUGAACUAUGGCUGUUGCUGAAAUUUUAAGGAUUUCUGUGGACAUUUAUUGUAUCACAUGAAACAUUGAUUUGUACUUUUAAAAGAACAAAAAAAAAAAAGAUUCUUUCGUGGUUUGAGCCCUAUUGAAUAUUUUAACAACUCUUGUUGUUGUCAUAGGGAUGACAAUGAAAACACUUGUUUUUGAAAUUAUGGUACUGUUUGUUUGGUUUUGAUAUCGUUAAUUAAAGCUUUUAGUACAUAAUAAAUUUAAUUUGUACUUUGUCUAAUAGACGGAAUAAUAGUGAUGUGAUAUCUUGAUGCUGUGAUUUUUGUCUCUAUAUAUUUCAUUUUUGUUUUAUUGUAAAGUUUUUUGUCAGUUUGCCAGACAUAUGAUGGAUAUUUAUCCUUUAGGUAUGCUUUUCUGCAGAGAUGUUCAUUGUGUUGUAUUAAAGAUUAUUGCUGAGGAGACUAUAUAUGGAUCUUGACAAAUCAAUUCUGAAUUCCCAAAUUCUGGACAAAUCAUCUGGGAUUUAUGAAUGGUGGACAAAUCAUUUGAGAUUUGUAAAUGAUGGACAAAUCAUUUGGGAUUUGUGAAUGGUGGACUAAUCAUUUGGGAUUUGUAAAUGGUGGACAAAUCGUCUGGGAUUUAUGAAAACUGGACAUAUGAUUUUACAUUAAAAUUGUACAAGUAAUGUUUCAGGAUAUGCUGAUACCUUAUAAAAUAUUAGAUAUCUGAAGUACUUGACAAAUCAAUGAAGAUUUGUAAAUAUGAACAAAUCAUUAAAGAUUUCAUAUUACUUUUUGAACAUCUCAGAUUCCUAAUAAACUUGAUAACAAUAGAAGGAUUCGCAAAUACUAAACAAAUAUUUUGUACUACUGUUUCCAUACCAUGUAAGCACUCAUGUGCUCUGUAAUUGUCCAUGUACUGUAUGUAGUAAUGCUAUUUAGGAACUGCUUCUGAGAGCACUUUCAGCUGGUACAUUUACCCAGGAAAUGACAAAAUGAAUACAACAUGUACAUAUGUAUGUAUGUAUUUUUGGUACAUUAAGCUAGCCUAAAUAUUAAUUAUAAAGUGUAAAUAUAUAUGUAUAUAAUAAAACAUGUUACUCGGCAUGUUUAAAUAUUUAAUAUGUGGGUUAUGUAAUUGUAAAAAUAAUUUGCAAAUAUUGGGAGAUGCAUACAAGGUAACAACAGCAAAAACAGUGCGAUAUUGUGAGGUGAUACACAAAAUGUAUAUAUAUGUAUGUAUGUCAUGUAUUUAGAAUGACAGACUGGAUGGCAUGCUGUACCUCCAACAGAUGCCCUCUCAUGUAGUGAAGAUUUACAUGGAGAAAAGACAAAAGCACCAUUUUGACAUGGACUAUUUAAAUACAAUCAACAUACACACAUGAAUUUGUAUAUAUAUAUGAUAAUUAUUUAAGGGUGUUGAAAACAACUUUGGUGUUGUAACAUCAUUUAACAUUAAACAUGACUGUGUCCUGUUGAUGAUCUCCUAUAUAAUAGAAAAAGAAGAUAAUAAAUGAUACCUGCCACCAUCAGAAUGUACAGUCAAUGUUGAAGUUGACGACUUCAAAUUACCCAAGUUUUGGUGUACUUGUAUAAAUGUAUAUAUAACAGGACGAUGUGAUGGAAUCUACUAUUUCAUUCUUGAAUCAGUAUAGUUUUUUUUUUGCCUUUUAUUGGUAUUGUGAUAUGUGCCUGUAAAUACAGAUGUAUAUAUUGUUAUAGCAUUACACGCUUUUUUGUGGGUCAUACAUUUGUAUUGUGGACUUAAUAAUUUUGUGAAUAUUAUUGUGACACUGAUGAAAGUGAUUAAUAUGUACAACCGUUGUAACUGGUAUAUAUAUAUAUAUAUGAAUGAUAGGUAUUUACAGCCUUUGUAACUGGUAUAUGUUUUAUAAGUGUAUACUUGUAAUUACCAGUUUUACAUAAUUAAGAUUUUUGUUAAUAUAUCUUAUUCUGUCUUUAAA